GUAUUCUAAUGGGUUUCCUGUGCUAGGCGCGCAGUGACCUCUGGGGCGUGUUGUUGCCAAGAUGGCGCAGUCUCUUUCGGAAGAGGAGUUCGCUCGAAUACAGGAGCAAAUAAUCGAUCUGCGAACCAAGAAUUACGAAUUAGAAGCAGCAUCGCAGAGGCACCUGACUGAACUCAAGGAAGUCCAGGAUAAACUGGUGAAUCAUGAGAAAGAACUACAGAAAGCCAAUAAGAUUAUAAACAAAAGCAAGAGCAAAAAGGAGUAUGCCAUUCUUUUAGAAGAAAAUGAGAGUUUUCAGAAUCAGUUUCAGGCCCAAGAGGAAAAUUUCAAACUCCAGAACCAGACAUUGCUAGAGGAAAUCAUUAAACUCAAUCAAGAUAACAGUGCACUCCAGAAAGAGAAUGAGCGGCUGCAGUCCUCGGAAUCCUCAGAGCCUGGGGAUAAUGCAGAGAUUAGAAGGCUAAGGGCAGAGAGUGCAGCUCUGCAGAAGAGUCUUGCAAAUGCCCAAGAAAAACAUCACCAAGAACUUGCAGAGCUACAACAAAAGAUUCGCUCCUCAUCAUUUCUAAAAGAGCCUGCUGCAUCAGAAGAACAAACAAAUGGAAAGGCUGUUAGCCAGCAUGAACAACCUUCCAGCCAGUACAAGACUGUUUCACAAGUACGUCAGAUCUUACAAGGUGAACUGGAUGAAUUCAGGGAAUUAGUAUUGCAGUCAAUGGAGACAGACCGUAGUGAGGUGAGGGGGAAUGAUGACAGCCGUGGAAAUGAGCUGAAUUCAGGUGCAGAACCUUUAGUCGAUCAUGAAGGUGACAUCCAAGAUGCUAAAGACAAGGAUGGCCGAGUUGUUAUAACUGAACAAGUUGAUGUGUUGAGAGGCAAACUUGAGGACAUGCUGGUCCCUCUUCUUUCAUUGUCAUCUUCAAGUGGUUCUAUAGUAGAAGAACAAAACAGUGGAAUGGUUACAUCAGAGCUUUUACUUGAGGCUGAGACAAAAUGCUUUGCGCUGGAAUCCCAUAUUAAGGAAAUGUCUUCUUUACAACUUCGCUUGGACACUGAACAUGAAGAGAAACGUCUGCUUCAAGAGCAGUUCAAGCAAGCAGAGGAAACUAGCAAGGAUGAAAUUAAUCAAUUGAAAGAUGAAAUUGCUAAGUUGUCUGACAAAAUUAAGAAGAAACAAGAAAGUUACCUACAAUUGCAAGAUGAAAAGGAGAAGUUAUACUCUGAAAACAAAAAAGCUGUUGAAGAUAUCAAGUCCAAAAAAGAGAACGAGAUCAGAAUUCUUUCAGAGCAGCUGACUAAACUCCAGGAGGAGAUGGGAAUUGCCAAUCAGAGAUAUUUUGAACUCCAGGAAGAUAGCAGUGUUACAAUCAAAGACUUGCAGAACUCCCUUGUCAAUUAUCAGAGUCAGGUGUCAACUAGUGCUGAGGUCACUGAGCAGGUUGUGCAACAGCUAAGACAGGAAAAACAAGCUUUGGCAAAGGAGUUUGAGGCUGCUAAGGAGAAACUAUUGAUAAGUGGCCAGGAAGCAGAGGAGACGGUGGAUUUGAUCUCUAAACUGGAAGAGCGCCUUCAACACAGCGAAACAUCAACAGCGCAACUGACAAUAGAGACAGAAGAGCUGCGGGAACAACUUAAGGAGCAACAUUCAGCAGUGGAUGGAUGGAACACACAGAUCCAGCAACUAACUGAUGAACGGGACAAUCUAGCCCAGCAAUAUGAAGAGGCUGCAAAGAUUGCAGAGAAGCGGAAAAGCAUGCUUGAUCAAAUAGCAAUAGAACGACAAGAGAUAGAGACUGCUCAUCGGGAAGCAGUAGAGAGAAUCCAAGAGGAACAUAGGAAAUCAAUAUCUGAGCUGAGGGAACAGAUAACUGGAGAAAAGAAACUACGCAAGGAAGUGGAGGACUUACAUCAAAAACUCAACGAAAACAAAAGCCUUCUGCAGUCUGUGGAGAGCAAGAGCGGCUGGUUUGAGCGUCGUCUGGCUGAAACUGAGGAAACGUUAAAGGCAGAGCAGGAACAGCAUUCGCAGGCUUUAGAGUCAUGUAAGAAAGAACACGAGCAACAAAUAGCCGCCUUGAAUGAAGAGAGGGACUCAUUGGAAGAGGAGUUGAACGGUGAGAAAACUAGCCUUCAUGAAAUGAUUGAAAACCAGUCAUCGGAGAUGAGCAAACUGCGACAGGAGCUGAAAGACAAAGAGGUAGAGACACGAAUCGCCAGCAAGAAAGGCGACCAGCUAGUCAAAGACCUCAAACGGCAGUUCAAGCUAGAGCGCAAGCGAGCCGAUCAGCUCCAGCAGAAACUACAAGAGGCCCUCUCCGAGAACAGGGCUAAGCAGAGUUUUGAUGAGAUGUUUAACGCAUCUGGAGGAUAUCCCCGACGGAACAGUGGGGACUCGUCUAUCCUGAGCCAUAAUCGCAGCGACCUGGAGAGUCCUGACUACAGGCCGCCUAGCCCUUCCUCGUCCACGGCUGGCCUGCUCAAUGAAGACACCCUGGAGCUGAUCGAGCGGCUCGCAGACGUACAGCAAGAAAAGUGGCUUCUAGAGGAGAAGGUUCGCCAUCUGGAGGAGACAGGAGGGGCGCUGGCAGAUGACCUGGUACAGAAAUCCGAAGUCAUUCAAGCUUACGCCAUGGAAACAAAAAUAGGAGCUAUUCGCGGCAGCCCAAAGCAAGACGCUUUGUCCAGCAUUAAGGAGAAGGUGAAGGUUACCCUCCCGUUUGGCAAGUCCAAGAUGGAGACCAAGAAGAUUCAACUGAUGCUAGAAGAGACCCUAAUGAAGAAUCUACAGCUACAAAAGGAUAUUGACAACUUAUCGAAAGAGCUAGAAAGUUAUAGACGCUUGGACUACGCUGGGUCAAAGGCACAGGCGCAAAUAAAUAAUACUCCUUGCAAUGCAUCUGCAAAGCCUCAAGAAACCGCUGGAAGCACCUCAGCGCAGGCUCAAACAGACGUCACUACGGCGCAUGCUGAGGAGACUUGUAGCGUCCAUGAACCAGCUGACGAAGGUAAAACGCGGACAGAAGGACUUGAUGAUUCCAGGUAGCACCCACAUGAUAAAACGCAGACAGAAGGACUUAAAUUACUCCAAGGAAAGCUAGCACCCAGAUGGUGCAACACGCAUUCGUUAAUUUAAUUCAUAAGUGAACGCGUUCCCAUGCAAAGUUUGUAGUUAAAUUCCGAUUACUUGAACGCGUUCCCAUGCAAAGUUUGUAGUUAAAUUCCGAUUACUUGAACCCUCCCAUUCCUUUCCCCGCAUUGUCACCAUUUUAUUUCCGGAGGGCCGACGGAAACCUCAACCAUUAAAAGACAAAAAAAUCUAUUAGAAUCCGAGAUAUAUAACAGGCCAUCCGCUCUAGAUUACCAGUCACAUCCUCAGAGUAACUUCUAAUAGACACACUUUUUUCACAAUUUUUAAAUAUUUUUCGUGUUUUCCGUCAAAAAUAAUCGCUGAUUGUUAUGUAAUCGACCGGAAGUAAACUGGUGAUAAUGCGGCUUUAAGUGCCCCCCCCCCCCCUCCCCAUGGAACAGACGGGGAUGAUCGUCAGCAAAAAUCAAUUUUAAACCUAAGGCACUUUGGGUGUGGUCAACAGAAAUUCUUACCCCUUAGAGGUAGCAAAUUGGGUGUGGUCAAAGGUUGUUUUAACCCUAAGAGAUAGCCAGUUGAUCGAAUUUUAUACCCUAAGAGAAAGCAGAAUCGGAAAAAUCCUCCAUCACCCCCUAAGAGAUAGCAGUUUGUUGAAAUUUUAUACCCUAAAAGAUAGGGCGGUCAACCCCGUCUACUUGGCUGGAGAGUCUCCCCCAUCCCCCUGGGCUUCUUCCCAACCAAACCUAUACAAAGGGGAUUUCGCUUUAUUGACAGGUUACUCACUUAACUGUUUGAAUCUGCUUGAGAAUAAGAUAGAUUUCACUUUUCAAAGAGAUAGAGUUCACUUCCCAAAAAUGGGAGUUUUCAAACUUCAAAUAUUAUAUUUAAAAUAAUGAUUGGAAUUGCGUAUAAACAAUAUUUUGAAAGGAAAAUGUAAAUUGUAUUAUUUUAUUAUGAAAAAUGAGCUCUCCUAUCUUUCACGUUGCCGCAUUUCCACGAGGUACGAAUAGGGACCUUAUACAAGAACGACGACAACAGCUAGGGUAACAAGAUCGAUAAAGAUGCGUUGGCGCUUGGCGAUCAAUUAUAAUUUAAUUGCAAUGGAAUAAGCAAAGCAUUAUAGUCAGAGACAGAUAAAAAUAAACUAAGGACAUUAUUUCUACAGUAGCGAACGUGGUUAGAGGAGUUUACAGUGCAAACGUCCGCAUCCUCAAUUGACCGUGAAAGUUCGAGUUUUCACGUCGUGGUUUUAUGGAAAACGGCUGAAAUGUAUCAGACAGAACGCAUUUUCACGUGCUACUAAUGAAUUUUGAAUCAAAUCCCAUUGUUUUCUGCCGUCGUCCUCCACGUUGCCGUCGUCGUUGCUUAAGGUCCCUAAUAACUAGUUUCUAGGCUCAAUACUGUCCGGACCAUUUUCAAGCAAGUUUUUAAAAAAAUUAUUGCAUCACUUUUAAAGUGGAUACAGCUGAAAGUAUGCAGAUAGAUAGAAAUAAAUCAUUAGUAGAAAGUGUAAUUUUUAAACAAAUAAAUACUCGUACUUUGGUUA